UGUCUGUGUGCGUGUGUGUGAAUGAGUGUAAGCGAGAGAGAGGGGCCGGGGGGGUUAACACACACAAAACGCACGUCCUGCUUUUGACACUAAAGUAACAGGGUUACGGAGGAACUUCACUGUGCGUGAACACCCACACACACACACACACACACACACAUACACACACGUACACACACACAAACGUACACACACACACACACGUACACACACACACACGCGACUCAUAAAGAUGUGUCUCCUCUUGGGUCUCUGACCAGUGACACGCCGUCGCUGUGACAUCUGCAUGACCAGAGAACAUCUGCGGCCGACGAUGUCUCUCAACGCCUCCGUCCCGCUACUCAAGCCGUCGGCGGUGGACGUGGACGCCAUCAUGGACACCUUCUCCAUCGUCCUCUACAGUCUGAUCGUCGUGCUGGGCGUCUCGGGGAACUCCCUGGUCAUCUGGGUGGCCGGAUUCAAGCUCAAGCCAAAGGUCACCAACGUGUGGUUGGUGAAUCUGGCGGUGGCCGACCUCAUCUUCUGCGUGACGCGCGCCUUCUCCCUCACCAAGAAGCUCUUCUUCGACGGCUGGCCCUUCGGCGUCUUCGUCUGCAAGUUCAACGGCUUCUUCAAAUACGCCAACAUGUUCUGCUCCGUCUUCCUGUUGGCGGUGAUCAGCCUGGACCGGGCGCUCUGCGUCUGGCGGCCCGUCUUCACCAAGCGGCACCGCUCCCUCCGGGCCGCCAAGGUGGUCGCCGUCUGCGUGUGGAUCGCCGCCACCGUCUUCAGCGCGCCGUACUUCUUCUACCGCCAGGUCUACCAGAAGAACAACCUGACCAAGUGCUCGCUGGAGGUGAAGGAGACCGACAACGCCGCCAAACUGGCGCUCUACUCCGUCCGCUUCCUGUGCGGCUUCAUGCUGCCCUUCGUGGUCAUCGUCGUCUGUUACACUCUGGCCGGAGUCGGCAUCCAACGCACCCGCCUGACCGGGAAGUCCCGCCCCCUGCGCAUCCUGGCCUUGUUGGUCGCGGCCUUCUUCCUGUGCUGGGCGCCGUACCACUGCCUCCAGCUGGUGAAGAUGGUGGACAGCAAGAACGUGGUGGUGAAGAUCUGGCACCCUGUGGCGAAGGGCGUGGCCUACUUCAAAAGCUGCGUGAACCCGCUGCUGUACUUCUGCACGGGUCUGGACGUGAGGGGGCGCUUCAGGCAGAGCCUGGCGGGGGUGUACAAGAAGGCGCUGGCGGACGGCGUGGAGGGGCAGACCUCCCAGUCCAACGAGCGCUCCGCGGAUGACAGCGCCGCGUCCAAACAAAUGUCUUUGGUCGCGGCGGGAAGGAGUGAGACCACGGUGGAGGUGGCUGUUUGAGUUGAAGGAACACGCUCUUUCGUGCAGUUAGCGGCGUGCGAUUAGAUGAAAUCAUUGGAUGAUUUAGAAGUUUUCUGUGGGUUAAGGUGAUACCAAAUGAAUAAACCUCAGCUAAAUCCUACUUUAGUUUUCUCAUAGACUUCUGUGGGACGAGAAGUCGCCCCCUGGUGGUCCGCAGAGAGAAUUUAAGACACGAAGCCUUGACUUCACUUUUUCGACCUGCUGGAACGUUGUAGCCCUUUCACGUUAAAAAUGUAAUUAUUUCAACCCAAAUUAUAUUUUCCUUAAAUAAUCCUAUAAACAAAUAUAAACUAUUUUGGAAAGACAGUACUAACGAGUCACAUGACUAAUAAUGAUUGAGGUCUAAGUUUACUUUUACUUCUAGUUGCUUAAAGAGAAACAGCUUGUGAAAAAAUGUGGUUCUAGUUCAGAUAACUUUGAAUAUUGUUUCCACCCCAAACUGCUGCAAACACUGCUGUGUUUAUUUGGACCGGUCUGCUGUGUGUCCAAUAGGCCCAUUCAAAUGUUCCUGUGGUGUUGUGUCUUGAAGCAUGUGAUGGAAAGUGGAACUGCGGUGAGUGUGGUGGAAGAAGACAGAAGGCAAGGAGGAAGCGAGACUAUUAAAAGGAAAGCCAGUAAUAACUCGGCACUGUCUUUGGGUCAGGGGGGUCACGCUGCUUUUGUUUGUAAAUGCACAUUUUUAUUAUUUUAUUUUAUUUUAUUCUACCAUCAGAGAUGAGCAGAAGAACGUGUCCUGUGAGCUCAGGACUGAAGUGCGUUUAUGGCUUUUACACAACCAUAUAAAUAAAGGGAAGCGUGGAGGCAGGUUGGUCCUGAGCAACGGGCUCAUAAACCGAGCCGAACCUGCUGCGUUGCUGGGAAACACCUGCUCGUCCCGAGGUCCGCUCUCUUCUUACAGCAGCAGAGUGGAUGUUAUGAAGCUCACAGCCUCUACGCUCUGAUUGGUCGCUUCUACCUGUGCUGCUGUUGUAGUGUCACGUAUUAUGUUCCUCUCUCAAUAUGAUUAUGGCGGAAAUGUAAUGUGAAAAUGAAAGCUUUUCAAAGUUGUGGGAAUGUUUUGCAUUUAAUUUGUGCAAAAAACGGUGUGAAAAAGCUGCAAUAAGAAGCUGUUGUAGUGUUUUUUAUUUCUUCAGCCCUAAUUGAUCAGAAGUGAUGAUUGAGAAUUGAGUUAAAACAACAUAUUUACAGUUUGCUGACCUUCUGCAAUGUAUUAUGAAUCUAUUUAAAAGCUUUUUAGUAUUUAGUAUUAUUUAGAAAAAGGUACUCAAAUCUAAAUGUAAUAACUCCACAUAAUAGACAUAUUUAUAUGCAAAGAAAAUAUACAAAAUAUUAAAAUAUUUUCCAUCCCAAGAAACUUGUUUUCUAUUGUUUAAUCAAAUAAAUAGAUCCACAACAAAAUGAAGUUGAAUGUUGUGCAUUGUGUUCAUAAUAUUACUAAUAAUGAUUGUAUGAUCCAAAGUUUUCCAAUACAACUGUCAGUUUGACAUUUUGAAUGUGCCAAUUAGACUGAACAAUGGAGACAAGUACAGGUGUGGUCCCGUCAGGAUCACAAACAUUCAAAGAGAGGCUAGAAUUCUGGGGUAUAGAUGAUGUAUUGUGGGUGUGGCUGAUCGUCUUUAUGUUCCCAGCAGGAGUGGCCCUCGGCAUUGUAACGCACAAAGCACUCGAGGACAUGAAUCCAUACUCAUUUUUCCUCGAUUACUCAUCAUACUGCACGGAUGGAAACCAUUAUUAUUGUGUGUUACAUACUCCCAAAGCCAUUGAUUAAGUGAGGAUGACAGCGAUUAAUAACACAAAACUACACUAAGAUAAAAGAUGCCGCCAGUUUCUGCUCUUCACAUCCUUCAUGUUCACCUUCACAGAGUCGUAGAUUAAAAUCCACCUGGACCCACUGCAGAAGCAUAACGACCAAAGCCCUAAACGUUGUCUGCAAUAAGUCUCAUUCGUUCAGUUUCAGAUUUUGACACGAUGUGUCCAGAAGGUUUCCAUCAAACCACUUUCUCUUUGAAGCGCUUUAAACGUCCA